AUGGAUCCUGGUCUCCGUAAAGCUUUGUAUAAGGCUGUAACAGAAGGUGAUCACUCAACUUUACGCUUGAAAUUAUCAGAGGCAGCAAAGGAUAAAGAGUUGGUUUACCAGAACGAUAACACUCUACUCCACAUCGCCGCCAACUACGACAACGUCCCAGUUGUGAGGGUAAUCCGCGAAAACCAACCAACAAGUAUACUCAGAAGCAAGAACUACAGAAAAGACACCGCACUCCACAUUGCUGCACGCCAUAAUAAUGUCGAAAUAGUUAAGUAUCUGUUGGGUUGGGCUAAGGAAGUAGACGAAGAAGAGAAUCAGUCUAAAUCUGAUAAUUUACACAAGAAAAAGAAGCCCAAAUCUGCUGAAAAAGUAAAGGGCAAUCAAUUAGAACCACAUAAAACAGUGAAGAAAAAGAACAGAGAUGGGAACACAGCGUUGCAUGAAGCUGUUCUUGGGCGUCACCAUAAUGUGAUUGAGGUGUUGAGGGAGGAAAGUCAACAUUUAUGGCUGAUAUCCCUGUCUUCGCCGCAUCUCUAG